GAGAAAACAACACCAGGGCAACACAGGCCCUCUUGUUGAGUGAGGAGGAAAUAACCUGACUACUUUGUGUAGAAUUGUCUUCUCCUUUAAAGGUGUGGGCGGAGAGAGCAAAGCAGAGUUGGGUUUCAGUGCCUCCCUCUUCAGCACAGAAUUCAGAGAGCCACUCUGGACUGCAAUUUGCGUGUGGUCAAAGCGUCAUUUUGUUCUGGCUGACAUGAAGGUAGCCACCAUCGAUGAAGAACCACGACACGACGCACCACUGGGGAACUUCCAGCUCUUGUCCACACCUUUCUCAAAGGUCACUGACCUCUGAAAAGGCUUCAGUCCAGUUGGACUUCUUUUUGCCAAUGACAGGAUUUUCAGGAACCGGAUGAGUCUUUUUGUGAAGUGAGGAGAUGGUAAAGGUGUACAGGCUCUAUGCAGGAAUAUUAGCAGCUCUGGCCUUAUGCAAGUACAGCCUGGCAGAAUGGAAUACCACUGAGGUGCCCACCAAUCGAACUCGACCCGACUGUCAUCAUGGCGACAGAAGCAACUGUGCAGAAACACAAACAGAUGGGUGGAGUGGACACUUCUCAAAAUGCCCUGAUGAGCUUUCGCAUUACUGCAUCCACGGGGAGUGCCGUUACGUUCUGGAGCAGAACACACCAUCCUGCAGAUGUCAGAGUAAUUACAUUGGUGCAAGGUGUGAAUAUGUGGACUUGGACUGGCUAAAAGGAGAAAAACGACACAUCUUAAUAGGCUGCGUCGUUGGAGGGCUGGUGCUCUUGAUCGCCCUUGUUGUUUUCAUCUGCAUCUGUUCACAUCGCAGGUACAGACGGUGUUGGCAGAGAACAAGACAGAGGGAAGAGCCAAGGAAUGGAACAGAGAAGCUCAGUAUGAUGAACUCCAGUGCAACACACACAACCUCAAUGGAGGACCCAGCAGAGCAAACACACACCAACUCAGUGUGAGAACUGUGGCAGUACGCGAGCACCCACAAGCCUGGGAAUAGUGUAAACAUGCUGGUAAAGUUGCAGACUUUAGUCUCACACUGACACUGGAGACUUGCAGGCAGCUCUUGGACAGCAGAGAGAACCAACA